AUGGUGAAAUACUUGACAUUCUCGAAUAUUAAGGUUGUUAUUGUGGGAUUCUUCAUAGGAAUGUUGUGCUCACUUAUUUUGACCUCAACAAUGAAUUGGUAUCACCCUCCUCUCCUUAAGCUUAAACCCUUUCACGAUGAGCACAGUGGACAUCAUGAGGGAGAAACUAUUCUCGUUGAUCAAUUAGCAAGAAAGACUCCAGUAAUGGCUUUCAUAUUCACAUCGGAAAAGGGGCUAGCCAACAGAGCUUCUCAUGUCAAAUCGACAUGGGCUGAUCGAUUCAAUGAGGCCGUUUUCUUCAGCGACAGGGAAGAUCCAGCUUUCCCUACUGUUGCCCUUCCUCCAGCCAAAGGUUGGGCCUACACUCGUUCGGCAAUAACGUAUAUUUAUGAAAACCACGGCAAGAAAUUCGAUUUCUUCAUGAAAGUGGAAGAUAAAAAUUAUGUUAUUGUGGAGAACCUUCGUGAAAUUCUCAAGACAAUGGACUCUGCCAGGCCUCUUCUUAUUGGUCGCCGAAUGAAAGCAAAAGAUGAUAGUACCUAUGUGUCGGAGGAUGCUGGUUAUGCUAUCUCUAGAGCUGGCUUAGAGAAGCUGGCUGCCGCGAUCAAGGGUGAUAUUGAGGCUUGCAAGAUGAGUGAUUUUCCUACAGAGCAAGUUUUUGGUAAAUGCGCGGAAGCAGCAGGAUUAGAACUUAUUCACGCAGUUGACGAGAAGGGAUUAGAUGUCUUCCACCCAUUUUCACCCAAGGACUUUUUCAAAAAAUUCGUGAAAGAAAAAUACCCCGAUCAAACUGUGUACCAGCCAUCACAAAUGAAUGAGGAUAGGAAUAAGUUGGUGGGUCGUUCCAAGCUAUUGGAUUUGCAGAAAAGGCGGGAAAAUGAACCUUGCAAAUCCCGCUUUUGUAAAGUUCGCCAGUUUGGACUUGGUGAGGAUGAGAAUGCCACAAUUGGUGAAAUGCCUCGUUAUUCACAACAAACUCGACUCCUAUUCUUCGGUAUAUUUGUGGGAAUUUGCUUCUUCAUAUUAAUCCGAUUUAUCGACAAUCCCAACUCGGACGGAAAUGUUGUCGCACGAAAUUUAGACAAAACCUCUUCUAUUAAUGACAACUCAAAGUCUGCAAAAGAACAGGAAAUCCAAGUUCGAAUCUUCGCGAUCGUUAUCACAAGUCCAGCCGAAAAGUAUAAGAAGGCAGUUCACGUCAAGUCAACUUGGGCGAAGCGUGCAGAUGUGAAUAGUACAGCUAUGCUGAACAAGUUGAAUAUUUUUGCAGGUGCAACGGACAAAGAAGGUCGUUCAGUCCUCUGGGAGAAGACCAGAAAAGGAUUUAUGCACAUCUAUUAUAACCAUCUCAACAAAUAUGACUUCUUCUUAAAGACGGAUGAUGAUACUUAUGUGAUCGUUGAGAAUUUAAAAUUUCUACUCUCAUUCCUGAAUGCCUCAAAGCCAUUUAUCAUGGGAAGGAAAUUAAAGGUUAGUGUCUAUACGACAGUUAAUUACUUUUGA